UUCAGUAUAAAAGAAGUAGUGUGAUUUCUCUGCCAUCAGUAGUGUAAGCAGAUCAGUAGUUUGUGGACUCAGUAUGGGAUCAGUCACGUUGCUUUUGGUGCUGCUUGGAAUUGCCGCUGUGCAUUCUAUUCCUGCUUCUGAUGGAGCGCGUUCAAGGCGUGAUAGUCCUUCGUUGCCGGAGCCUGGCGUAUGCGGUUUGAGUUUGGCAGAUCGCAUUGUAGGUGGAACUAGGACUGCCAUCAAUGCAUAUCCGUGGGCAUCCUUGCUGAUGGCCCAACAUAAGGAUGGUGGCCAAACAAUUCCAUUCUGUGGAGCCUCGUUGAUCUCGGACCGUUUCGUCCUCUCUGCAGCUCACUGUUUCCCCGAACCGUCCGAUAGUUUCAUAAUAGCAAAGGUUCGACUCGGUGAAUGGGAUAUUCUGAGCAAAAAAGAUUGCGAAGAAGAUUACUGUUCAGAUAAUCCGAUCGAUGCAACAGUCGAGAGCUUCGAGAUUCAUAAGGACUACUCGGGUGAACCGGAUUUCCACAAUGACAUUGCAUUGGUCAAACUCGCGAAUCCAGUCACCUUCACGGAGUUCAUUUCACCGGUUUGUCUUCCGGCGGCGGAGAAAUUUAGAACUAAAUCUAUUAGUGGACGAAAGUUUACCGCCGUUGGGUGGGGUGACAUCAAGUAUGAUGCUAAAAACCGAGAUGUUCAAAUUGGAAACCGAUACAAGUUUGAGGUCAAACUUCCUGGAGUGGGCUUGGAAUCGUGCCGCACAUCUUAUCCCAACCUGAAGGAUACGGAAAUGUGUGCUGGAAAGACCGGUAAGGACACUUGCCAGGGUGACUCCGGAGGUCCGCUAUCGAUUGCGGAGAAUGACGGAUACUGGUACCAGUAUGGCGUGGUCAGCUAUGGUUAUGGAUGCGGUUGGAGAGGUUAUCCUGGUGUUUAUACCCGAGUGACCAGUUUCAUACCGUGGAUUAAGGAUACAAUGAAAAAACUAAGCAAGACUACUGCAAAGCCAACUACCACCGAAAGCUCUUCAAUUUCAUCAGACUGGGAAUAUUUGAUCCAUAUACUUAAUAACAUAUAUGUUGACUGAGAAAAUGACUGUGCUAAGAAAUAAAAUAUUUAGUAAUAUUUGACAAA